CGUCACGGGUCGGCCCUGUCCUUCACCCUCAGCCCCACGAUUCCGUUGAAGCGGAAAUGUUCAGGCCGAGGCGAAGCCUCUGGCCAGGGACUGGCCCUCCGCAAAACGGCGCGCGGUGUGAGCGGGAGGCCUUGGCCGGAUCUAGGAGCCCUGGAACAGGCCGCGGCGACGCUGGGAAGGCCUGGAGAGAGGCAAGCCCAGGAAAACGGGGGCCCAAACAUGGCGGCCGAGCGGGCCAUAGAGCGGGGAGAGAAAGCCGAGGACAACCAUGCAGCACGGCGCAGGCUGAGCCCGCGUCCGCCAUCUACUUCCGGAAUUUAAAACCGGUUUCCGGAAGCCAGGGUGAUAUCCCCAUGACAACCGACGUUGGGCCUCUGAGACCCUUGUCUUAGAGCAAGGGAAGCAGCUGCCAUUCUGAAGAACUCAGUGCCUGGGAGUGGACCAGUAGUUGUUUUCUGAGGAACUGUGGUAUGUGCCCUUGGGGGCACAAGAGAGCAGAAGGAAGAUGCUCCAGACCAGUAACUACAGCCUGGUGCUCUCCCUGCAGUUCCUGCUGCUGUCCUAUGACCUCUUUGUCAAUUCCUUCUCUGAGCUACUCCGAAUGGCUCCAGUAAUCCAGCUGGUGCUCUUCAUCAUCCAGGAUAUCGCAAUCCUCUUCAACAUCAUCAUCAUUUUCCUCAUGUUCUUCAACACCUUCGUCUUCCAGGCUGGCCUGGUCAACCUCCUCUUCCAUAAGUUCAAAGGGACCAUCAUCCUGACAGCUGUGUACUUCGCCCUGAGCAUCUCUCUUCAUGUCUGGGUCAUGAACUUACGCUGGAAAAACUCCAACCUCUUUGUCUGGACAGAUGGACUUCAAACAUUGUUUGUAUUCCAGAGGCUAGCGGCAGUGUUGUACUGUUACUUCUACAAACGGACAGCUGUGAGGCUGGGCGAUCCUCGCUUCUACCAGGACUCUUUAUGGCUGCGCAAGGAGUUCAUGCAAGUUCGAAGGUGACCGUUUUCUGUCACAUCGAUGAACACCUUUCCUUUCUGACAGAAGUCAUACUGGGGGCUCUGCAGAGGGGCAGUCGGCCUGUGUGCUAGGAAGUGGCUUGACAUUCCGAGGACAGGCCCCGGCCAGUCAGUGUGCAGCAGGUGAAGAGGAGGAGCCUCCCUCUAGCAAAUUAAAGUGUCCCCAGUACAGACUCCUGAACACCAUUCCUUCCCAGCCUCCUUCCUCAGUCCUGCCGCCUUUCCUUCCCUCUCUCUGCCCCUCUUCCUCACCAAGGGCUCUGUGGCUUUUUCCCAAGGGAACUUUCCACUGAUGCUAGUACAGGAGGAGCUCCCAGCCCUGGCUCUGUUUGCACUGCACACUGAUGAUUGAAGGAUGCAAGGAGUGACUUUUCUGGGCUCCUGACUGAGCACACCUCAGACAUUUAGAGUUUAUACCCAAGGUACUUUUUUUUACAUUGUAUAAAUAGGAAAUAAAUUCUUUUCCAUAAA